GGUAGCGGUAGUAGUAGUGGUAGUAGAAGGAGUAGUAGUAGUAGCAGCAGCAGUAGCAGUAGUAGUAGCAGUAGUAGUAGCAGUAGUAGUAGCAGUAGAAGU